AUGGCGCUUUCCGUUUCGCGCCCCAAGCUGCCUGUCGCAGUUAACAAGCCCACACCUUACAACUUCGACCUGGGCCUGCUGCUGGCCAACGAUCCCAACCCCCUCGAGCUCGACAAGUCCGCGAUUGAGGACUCCCUUGCCGCCACUGCCCGUGAUGGUGCCCAGGCUAUUAUCAACCAACUUCUCACCACCUGUCCGCUCCAGAGCACUACCGAUGGUGUUCUGCUGACGCUCCCCCCCCCUUCGACAGAUUUGCCGCGCGAGAAGCCUGUGCCCAAGCCCAAGGAGCCCACCAAGUGGGAGCGCUUCGCCGCCAAGCGUGGCAUCAAGCCUAAGACACGGGAGCAGCGCAAGAACCUCGUCUUCGACGAGGACACUCAGGAAUGGCGCCGCAAGUGGGGUUACAAGGGCAUGAACAAGAAGGGCGAAGACGAUUGGCUUGUCGAGGUAGACCCCGAGAAGGAGGCGAAUCGCGCGGAAGGAACUACGAUCCGUGGCGACAAGCGGAGGGAAAGGAUGGAGAGAAUCAAGCGCAACGAAAGGAAAAUGAGAAAGAACCAGCGCGAGGCUGCUGGCAAGCGCUAG